AUGGCCGACAAGAUCAGCUCCAUCACCGACCUCCCCCUCGACAUCCUCGUACUCGUAUUCCCAUAUCUAGACGCCAAGAGCUUCCUCGCCUUCUGCAGCACGUGCAAAGCCUUUCAGCAAUCGUCGAUUCGAUUAGAUCCCGCGUACUGGAGUUAUCUCGCCCGAACGACUUUCCGCGUACCGAACCAACCAGUUGUACAACAUGACGGUGACCGCUGGCAGAAAAUGUAUCGUCGCAUGCUCACCCAGAGCCGCGUCUAUACAUGGGGUCAUAACUCGCACAACCGCCUGGGCCACGCUUCUGACCCGGAAGACCAUACACGCGGCCGCCUACCUCGGAUGAGAGCUGGUAUGAUGCGGCCAGGCAGGCGGAUGUACAACGCGCAUCAAGCGUUCCCGACAGAGAUGGACAAGACGCGGGAUCUAGGAGUCAUUUCUGACAUGCAAUGUGGUGGCUGGUCCACAACCUUGCUUACCUCUAAAGGUACCCUCCAUACUGCUGGUGUGCUUGAUGGCCAGAGGAUACUCAUCGCUAGUGGGCCUUUGCAACCGCUUCGCUUCCCCGAAGGUUAUCCUCCUACCGCUACCGAAGCCCAAUACGAAGAGCCGACCGUCGCCAUUCGCCAGUUCUCCUCCGGUCGAGCACACAUACUUGGACUCUCCGACAGCGGUCGGGUGUGGUCAUGGUACGACGUCAAGAAACCUGCGCUCCAGGUCAAGUUCGCAACUCUGCAAUUGAAUGAGAUCUCUAUGGACGACAAAACAAAUACGACCUCCAACUUCGGACAAAUAAAACAAGUUGUAGCAGGAUGGAGCCGCAGUUCGGCCUAUGUCCAUGGCGUCGGCAUUGUCGUCUGGGAUCCAGUUGAGCGGGAUCACGGUGAAGACGGCACAGAUACAAUGCUCGUCAUGGAACACGCCGAGGUCCCCAGGACUGGCUACCAGCAUAUCAAAGGCACCCGCGAGUCAGACGAGCAGAGAGCUUUGAGGCAAGAGGUCGGGGCAGUACUGAACUACGUUCUGCUAGAGCACUUCGUCUUAUUUACUACCGACCUUGGCAAGGUCUUUUGUGGGAAAUUUGGAGCGAAGAACGAGGUUGAAGAUGUUAUUGAGCUUCAAAUGGUGCGCCAUGAGAAAGGAGCUCCUCUUGAUGUUCAAGGUUCGUUCCGCAAUUUUGCUGUUUUCAGGGACGAUGAAGUUAUCACCGGCGAUCAGAACUAUCUCGAGUCAUGUUGGAGCAAUCGUCAUAAUGGUUCUAGAGACAUGCAGGGUCUGAAGAAAAUCCCAGCCUUGCAAGGCAGUAAUGUUAUCUCGAUCGCUUUCGGUGACUAUCACUACCUGGCACUCCACUCGAACGGCAAGAUCACAUCGUACGGUACCGAAAAUUCAGCUUGUGGUGCAUUGGGCCUGGGCAUGAAUGGUGACGGCCUAGUCGGAAAUGCGCGCGGCAUUGUGUAUGACCAGUUCAACGCAAACGGUCAACUGCUACCUCACGCUUAUACAAGCGGUCGUCAGAUCUGGUUCGACACAAGGAAGAAUGAGUGGCUCAAGAAAGUCGUACAUGACGAUACACAUGCUGAAGAGAGCAAAGAGCGCAGGCAACUGUUCAGCAGUGACCACACUGUCCAGGGGGAAGUCAGUGAGUGGUUCGAGCAAGAAGGCAGGGCUUGGGACCAAGAUGCUGGCGAAGACGGUCUUGGUGCAUAUUUUGCUCUUCAGGUGAGUGCUGCAGGAUGGCAGUCUGGUGCCUUGGUCUUGGUCAACGAGGACUUGGCCAAAAAGGAACCGACAUAUGACCUUGAGAACAUAUCUUUCCCCAGGCUCAAGCUCUCGGACGGUAGAGAGAUGCCGGGUGAGAAAGAUUUUGACGAGUGGAGAGAAGGACGACCGGACUUCCAACUCAACGCUUAG